CACCUCUGAUUUUGGUAAUGGUUGAUGUAAAGAUGGGAGGUUGUUGGAGCAAUACAAAGGAUCAAUUUGACAACUUGGAAAAACACACACAAUGGGGAGUUGAAUUUGUAGAGAGAUACAACAAGUUUGUUAAGGACCGGACAGAAAUUGAGAUCAGCUAUGCAAAGCAGCUUAGGAAUCUUUCGAAGAAGUAUCAGCCAAAAAAGAACUCCAGAGAAGAGGAAGAACAGAGAUACACAUCAUGUCAAGCAUUUCUAGCCAUUUUGAAUGAAAUGAACGACUAUGCAGGCCAGCAUGAGGUGAUUGCUGAGAACAUGAGUGGGCUAAUAUUUGCUGAGCUGUCACGCUACAUCCAGGAACUCAAGCAAGAACGGAAAUUGCAUUUCCAAGAAGGAAGAAGGGCACAGCAACAUAUAGAAAGUUGUUGGAAACAACUUGAGAAUAGUAAAAGAAGAUUUGAGCGAGAUUGUAAGGAAGCAGAACGAGCUCAACAACAUUUUGAAAAGAUGGAUAAUGACCUGAAUGUAACAAAGGCUGAUGUGGAAAAGGCUCGGCAGCAGGCCCAUAACCGACAUCACGUGGCAUCGGAGAGUAAGACUGAAUAUUCCAAUGUUUUGCAGAACUUUAAUAAGGAACAACAUGAACAUUAUUAUACAAACAUACCAAACAUAUUCCAGAGAAUUCAAGAUCUGGAUGAAAGAAGAAUAGUUAAAAUUGGUGAAUCAAUGAAGACCUUUUCUGAGGUUGACAGGCAAGUCAUACCCAUCAUUGGAAAGUGUCUCGAUGGAAUCACAAAAGCAGCUGAAUCUAUUGAUGAAAAACAUGAUACACAGUUGGUGAUAGAAGCCUUCAAAUCUGGAUUUGAACAGCCUGGUGAUGUUGAAUUUGAGGAUUUCAGUCAGCCUAUGAAGCGGACUGUUUCUGAAAGCAGUCUCUCCAAUAGCAGAUCUGACGGCAAACAAGAAUCUAAAGGUGGCAAAUCCAAGGGCAAACUAUGGCCUUUCAUCAAGAAAAAUAAGCUUAUGUCCCUUUUAACAUCUCCUCAUCAGCCUCCUCCUCCUCCCCCUUCCUGUUCCUCACCUUCUGCUGUUCCAAAUGGCCCUCAGUCUCCCAAGCAGCAAAAAGAGCCCCUCUCUCACCGCCUGAAUGAAUUUAUGACCUCCAAACCUAAAAUCCACUGUUUCAGAAGCCUAAAGCGGGGGCUUUCUCUCAAACUGGGCUCAGGACCAGAAGACUUCAGCAAUCUUCCACCUGAGCAGCGAAGAAAGAAACUUCAGCAAAAAAUUGAUGAGAUUAACAAAGACAUCCAAAAAGAAUCUGAUCAAAAAGAUGGUUUAAUGAAAAUGAAGGAUGCAUACAUCAAGAAUCCACAACUGGGUAGGCCGGAGACUGUGGAUCCCAAACUGGCAGAAAGUGAGCAAACAAUUGAAAAACUGCGACAAGAAAGUCAGAAAUUUGAGGCUUGGCUUGCUGAGGUAGAAGGUCGUUUACCAGUCAGGACUGAUCAACCAAGGCGACCAAGUGAGAUGCACGAGUUGCAGAGCACUGCUGUAAACAAUUGUGCACAAGAUCGAGAGAGCCCUGAUGGUAGUUAUACCGAAGAACAGAACCAGGACCCUGAAUUAAAAGUCGCAGCACAGUGCGAGUUUGAUGAUGACUUUGAUGAUGAGGAAGUACUGGCAGCAAUUGGCACAUGCAAAGCCAUGUAUCCUUUUGAAGGUCAAAAUGAAGGAACAAUUGCAAUGGCAGAAGGAGAAACACUGAGUGUGAUAGAGGAGGAUAAAGGAGAUGGUUGGACAAGAGUUCGACGGAAUGAAGAUGAGGAAGGAUACGUUCCAACAUCCUAUGUGGAAGUAUAUUUGGACAGAAAUACCAAAGGUACCUAAGGUGGUGUGCUGGUCCAAGAAUCACGGGGCGAGCUGGUACGCAAGGACACAUUCUUCUGCUUAACUAUUUUAAAAAUGGAAGAUUAGCUGGAUUAUUGAUUUGGUUUGGUUUUUAAUGAUAAAAUGCAAAUCAUGAAAGGGGGGGCUAAAAAUACAUGAACAAAAAGUGCAAGUGCCUGCUAUUUAUUUUAUGGCAUGCCAUCCAUUGCUCUAAUUAACUUGGCUACUUUUCCAUAUUAAAAACAAAAGCAGUUUUCUGAUGCAUGCCACUGUUAAAGUUGCUUCCCAUUUUUAAAAUGAAAGAACCAAAAAAUAAGUGAAUUUUGAAAUCAACUUACCAGAAUACAUGUACUCCAUGACCACAGUCGUAACAGUGUACCGUUUUGGAUAACUCACACCUAAAAUUGACAUUCAAGCCAGAGUAAAGUGUUUCUUGGGUUGGGUGGGGGGAGAGCAAGGUGAGAGAACUGUAGAUUGAAAUUAAAGGUGUCUCAUAAAUCUAUUUAUUGUACUAUAUAACAAGAGAAGGCAUCUUCUGGACUCACCACAAGCCCAUUCCUGAAUUUAUGUAGCCUGAAUGCUGCUUUCCUCUAAGUUUCUGAUUUUCUAACUUUUGCAUGUGACUUUGGAAACAUUGAGGGUUUUUUUUUAAAUAUCACCUUUUGCUACAGGGUAAAUUU